GAAGUUGAUUUUCGCCCCCCGCCCAGGGGCCAGAUAGGGUCUCCGCUGACUCAGUUUGGUUCCGGCUGCUGUCAGAUUCCGUCGUUGGGCCUGAGGGCUUGUUGGCCCUGGGGUGGGCUCGCCCCGGUACCGGCCUCACUCUUGUAGCAGCCUUGGGGAAACGGAGCGAAUUCCUGGUCUCCUAGCAACCAGGGACCGGCUGUGGACUGAAGGAGCUGCGGCGCCACAGUGCAAAUCGCUCAGGCGCUAGCCGGAACCCUUGAGCCCGGCCAAAACGGGAGCCUAAACUCUGCGCUUGGAAGAAUAAGCAGGAAAUGGCGGACGAGGCGUUGUUUUUGCUUCUACAUAACGAGAUGGUUUCUGGAGUGUACAAGUCUGCGGAGCAGGGGGAGGUGGAAAAUGGACGCUGUAUUACUAAGCUGGAAAACAUGGGGUUUCGAGUGGGACAAGGAUUGAUAGAAAGGUUUACAAAAGAUACUGCCAGGUUCAAGGAUGAAUUAGAUAUCAUGAAGUUCAUUUGUAAAGAUUUUUGGACUACAGUCUUCAAGAAACAAAUUGACAAUCUAAGGACAAAUCAUCAGGGCAUCUAUGUACUUCAGGACAACAAAUUUCGUCUGCUUACUCAGAUGUCUGCAGGAAAACAGUAUUUAGAACAUGCAUCUAAGUAUUUGGCAUUUACCUGUGGCUUAAUCAGAGGUGGCUUAUCAAACUUGGGGAUAAAAAGUAUUGUAACGGCUGAAGUGUCUUCAAUGCCUGCCUGUAAAUUUCAGGUGAUGAUACAGAAGCUCUAAAACAUACUGAAAUGCAAGGCAAGCCUUCAACAGUGUAAAGAGAUAAAUUAUUCGUGUAUGAAGUAUUUCAAGUAGCAAUGAUUUAAUUACAUUGUUGGACAUUUGUAUUGAUAUAAGCUAUUUGCUAAUUUAUGUAAUGAAAGAUGCACUCUUAACCAGGAGUAAGAUUGUAUUUUAUUAAUUUAACACAGACCAAGUUAAAGCAGAUAAAGACACAUUCUACCAUAACAUAGAUUUUACUAAAACUAUUCAGAAUGAAAACCUGAUUUCAAACAACUAAACCCCAAGAUUUAGAACCCUUAUUUUAAACAUUCAUAUUUGCUCAGACUGGUAUGUAUUUAACCACAGAUAGAAAAGCACAACUCAGGGUUUGAUAAAUUAGCAUUAAGAAAGGUAUGCAUCAGGGGUGUUUGGUUGGCUCAGUUGGCUAAGUGUCUGACUUUGGCUCAGGUCAUGAUCUCGUGGUUCAUGAGUUUAAGCCCUGCGUUGGGCUCUGUGCUCACAGCUCGGAGCCUGGAGCCUGCUUCAGCUUCUGUGUCUCCCUCUCUCUCUGCCCCUCCCCCACUAGCACAUGCGCACAUGCUCUCUUUCUCUCUCUCAAAAAUAUAAAUAAAACAUUAUGAACUUUUUUUUAAUUUAAAAAAGUAUGUAUUAGUCAGAAUCAUUUCUGUAAAAAUGAGCAAAUUUCAGUUUUGCUUUAUGAAUUUCUUUUAGUUAUUUAAGAAAAGCAAACAAUACACUAAACAUUUUUUAUUUUAUUAUAAUUUAUUUCUUUUAAGAAUUUUUAUGCCUAUGAAAAUUUUAUAUACAUUGUGUAUUAUGUGUGUGAUACAUAUAUAUACUAUAUCUAACCGCCUAAAUUGCAAAAAAUUCAUUUUACUUUAACAGAAUUUAGUCCUUAAUUUUACUUUAAUAGAAUUCAGUCCUUGAGAACUCCAUUAAUGUAAUUAAAGUGUAAUAUAGAUUAGUUUAAAUGUGAAUUCAGUGACUCCAGGGCCAAAGACUAUUAGGCAUUUUAGGAAGGAAUUUUAUACUUACUCCUGUUACAGUUUUGACUUUCACCUUUUUUCCCCAUGUGUGGAAGGACUGGUGAAGGUUCUAACAUCCUUAUUUUUAUUCCCUAAUUACUAUUUCCCAAGAGCAGAGGGGUGGAUAAUUGGCUUAGUCACACCAACAUUUAUUGGACAAUGUCUAUUCAGUGGGUUGGGUCAGUGCUCAUCUAGUGUGUCUAUCAUCUCCUCUUCCAUCUGAUAACCAAGAGAAGACAAGCGUGAAGAUGAAAGUCAUCACAUUGAGGAUAGCAGGAUGCAUCAAUAGCAAGCACCUUUAUUGUGCUUCUGAAUUAACCAAUCCUGGAACUGCUUUACCUUUGGACUUUUUGUUACAUGGGAUAAUAAAUUCCUUAUAUUGUUCAAUCCA